GGCGCGCGCAGCUGUCGAGCGGCGCGCUUGGGACAAGCGCGCGACUAAGGAUGGAGUGGUGGAGGUACCGGAGGGUACCCCGCUACCGGCCGAAGACGCUCCUUUGAAUCUGGAGGCCGCCAUGUCCGCGUACCGCGACGCGUUGGUGGUUGAUACUUCUCGCGCUGGAAGCUCUCGGAACAGUGUCGCUCGCCACGCUCUCACUCAUGUCUUGAGGAAACGCAAGCGUGUGCUCAAGAACACCGAAUCCCUCGCCAAAAACCCCGAUCAGACAUUGCAGGACCAGUCCUUCACGCGCCCCUCCAUCCUCAUCCUCUGUCCCUUCCGCUCCUUUGCGCUCAAGUGGUUCAAUGCGCUCACCGCUCCCGGCGUGCUGCCUGAGAGCUACAGCGUGUUUGGCCGCGAUCGCGAUCGUAUAACAAAGGCUUUCGGCUUGCCCGAGGGCGCGGUGGACAAGUUGACGGAGGCGCCGCCAGGCACCUACCCUCCUGACCACGUCGCGACAUUCGCUGGCAAUGUGGACGACAAGUUCCGCGUAGGCUUGCGUAUCACGAAGCGCUCGGUCAAGGUCAUCUUCGGUGCUCAGCGACAUCAUGACGAGGAGGAUGGCAAGAAGAAGAAGAAGCAGAAUGACAGCGGUGGGCUGUACGGCUGUGAUAUCAUCCUGGCCAGCCCGUUAGGCCUGCGCACGGGGAUCGAAAAUGAGAAGAACGCGGACCUCCUCUCCUCCAUCGAGAUCCUCGUCGGCGACGGCCUCGACGUCAUGUCGCAGCAAAACUGGGAUCACGUCAAGUUCGUCCUUGAGCACCUCAAUCAGAUGCCCAAAGACGCCCGCGACGCCGACUUCUCCCGCAUACGCAACUGGUGCUUAGACGGGCAGGCCGCGCUGCUUCGGCAGUCGUUACUUUUCACCGCGUACGAGACGCCGGAGCAGCGCGCGCUGUUCAACUCGCAGUUGAAGAAUGUGGAGGGCAAGUGCCGGUUGGCGAUUGGGCCGAGGGAGAAUGGGGUCAGCGUACCUGAGGGCGUCCACACCGACUUCAUGUACUUUGACUGCCCGAGUGCGAAGAGCGAGCCGGAUAAGCGGUUUGAGUUCUUCACGACGCAGGUUCUCCCCGGCCUCAUGAAAUCUGCUGUUCAGCGCGAGCGCGCAUGCAUCUUCGUGCCCUCUUCCUUCGAUUACAUCCGCGUACAAAAUCAUUUGCGCAAAGAGGGACAUAGCUUUGCGGAGUUGAGCGAGUAUUCCACCCCGCAGGACAUCUCUCGCGCUCGCCAGGCAUUCUUUCUCGGGAAGAAGCCAAUCUUGCUCGUCAGCGAGCGGUUCCACUUUUACAGGCGGUACAAGCUUCGAGGAAUCAGACAUCUACUGUUCUACGGCCCCCCUGAUCAUGCGAGAUACUAUGCCGAGUUCCUGUCUUUCCCCUUUCUCGACGAUGGCGUCGAGCCAGGCGAUGUCACUGCGCGUUUGAUUUACUCGAAGUACGACAAGAUGCGGCUCGAGAGGAUUGCUGGACGGGAGGGGGCGCGGGAGCUGCUCUCGGGGCGAUGAUGACCGCCUAUCUAUGACAUGUAAAGGCUAUGUAUAUAUCCCCUACAUAGGGUCGUUUAUGCGGCUGUGCUUCCUACUGUACGAAGUGUUAAAACGAGGCAGCAGAGUUGAACUUGAA